AUGUCGGAAAGUGGAAGCCAGGAGCCGUCGACGCGGCCCAGCAGACCGCCGGUGGGCAACCGAGUGACGGUGGUGCUGGGCGCGCAGUGGGGCGAUGAGGGCAAGGGCAAAGUUGUGGACCUGCUAGCGCAAGACGCGGACAUGGUGUGCAGAUGUCAGGGCGGCAACAACGCAGGACACACUGUGGUGGUUGACUCAGUGGAGUACGACUUUCACCUCCUCCCCAGUGGCAUCAUUAACCCUGAUGUCACUGCUUUUAUUGGUAACGGUGUGGUGAUCCACCUCCCGGGCCUGUUCGAAGAGGCCGCAAAGAACGAGCGAAAAGGCAAAAGUCUGAAAGGAUGGGAGAAAAGGUUGAUCAUUUCAGACAGGGCACAUAUUGUGUUUGACUUCCACCAAGCCGUGGAUGGUGUUCAGGAGCAGCUGAGGCAAGAGCAAGCAGGCAAAAACCUGGGGACGACUAAGAAGGGUAUUGGUCCAGUGUAUUCUACCAAGGCAGCACGCAGUGGCCUUAGGAUAUGCGACCUGCUAGCGGACUUCACACACUUCUCUGACAGGUAUAAAUUAUUGGCCCAGCAGUACCAGGCCAUGUACCCCAGUCUGCAAAUAGAUGUGGAGGGGGAGCUGGUCAAAUUAAAGGCGUACGUGGAACAGAUCAAGCCCAUGGUGAGGGAUGGUGUGCACUACAUGUACGAGGCUCUGCACGGGCCACCGAAGAAGAUCCUGGUAGAAGGGGCCAACGCAGCACUUCUGGACAUUGACUUUGGAACAUAUCCAUUUGUGACGUCGUCCAACUGCACGGUGGGUGGGGUGUGCACUGGCCUCGGCAUGCCGCCGCAGAAUGUUGGCGAGGUUUAUGGCGUGGUUAAGGCCUACACCACCCGGGUUGGCAUUGGGGCCUUCCCCUCCGAACAGAACAAUGACAUUGGCGAGUUACUGCAGACCCGUGGCAAGGAGGUUGGCGUGACCACGGGUAGGAAGCGGCGCUGCGGUUGGCUUGACCUGGUACUCAUCAAAUACGCGCACAUGAUAAACGGCUUCACAGCUUUAGCACUUACCAAACUGGACAUACUUGACAUCCUCCCAGAGAUCAAAGUGGGCGUGUCGUACAAAAUCGAUGGCCAAACGAUACCGCACUUCCCAGCCAAUCAGGAAGUGCUUAUGCAGGUGGAAGUCCAAUAUGAGACACUGCCCGGAUGGAACAGCAACACGGCAGCCGCUCGGAGCUUCGAUGAACUCCCAGAGAACGCCCAGAAAUAUGUGCGCUUCGUCGAGGAGCACGUUGGUGUGCCUGUUAAAUGGAUCGGCGUGGGCAAGUCUCGAGAGUCCAUAAUCCAGCUCUUUUAG